AUGAUUGAAAGAGGAUAAACAGUAUUCACUAAUUUCUACUAAAUACAAAUAAACCCAAACAGCCACAUAUAUAGAUAUUAAGUAAUAGAUAUUUGAAUUAUCAUGAUUAGAUUUCUUUCUAACCUUUCAUGACCCCAGAAUAAUAGAUUUGUAAAUGGAGAGACAUAUUUAAGGCAGCCAAAUCAGGAUUACAGGAUAACCUCAAAGUGUUUAUCACAAAUAAUUAAAUAUUAUAUUCUCCAGUCAGAGCCUAGACUAUGGGAUUGAUUCUAGGAAUAUAUGAAGAGGAAGGAACCAAUUAUACUAUAUCUUUGGAAGAAAAAGCAGUUCUUAAACCUGGAGAACCAGAAUAUACUGGAUUAAUUGGAAGGUUCUUUAAAAUGUUGUUAAAGUAAUAAAAAUUAUUACAAAUUGGUCGAAAGUACUUUAAUACUAAGAAUAUUAUAAAUUUUGAUUAAUUUGGACUAAAAGUAUAUAUAAUAAUUAAAUUCAGGUAUUACCUGGAGUUACUUGUAGUCUAAUAAAAUAAGAGGAACAAGGUAAGUAUUAUAUAAAUAUUGAUUCAUCUUUCAAAAUGUUAAGAAGUACAACUAUGUAUGAAGAAUUACGAAACUCUAGAGAUUAUUCAUUAAUAGAAGGAGCCAUUGUUAUGACAGUUUAUAAUUAUAAAUUUUACAGAGUUAAUAAAAUAAAUAGAGAAAUGAAUCCUAAAAGUGAAUUUGAAAAUUAGAGUGGAUCCAAAAUGAGUUACAUGCAAUAUUAUUCAGAAAAGUAUUUUAAUAUAUUAUAUUAUAGAUAUAAAAUAAAUAUUAAAGAUAGUGCCUAACCAUUGAUAGAAGUGUUAGAAAAAUCAAGAAAAGGAUAGGAAGAAAAGAUUAUCUAUUUAAUCCCUGAAUUAUGUGUAUUAACUGGAUUAUCUAAUGAAAUGAGAAACAACUUUUAAACUAUGAAAUAAUUAUCUUCUGUUACUAAACCAAGAGGAGUUGAUAGAGUCAAAUAAGCAGAUCAAUUUAUUUAAUGUUUUCAUAAUAAAGAAAGUGAAGAAUUAAUUAAGAAAUGGAAUAUUUAACUUGAAUCUAAGUGUCUACAAAUUUAGAGUUCCAAAAUCAAACCUGGAAAUAUUAUAAUGGGAAAUAAUACUUCAAUUAAUAUAGAAACAGGUAAUUUAGACAGAGAUACAUAAACUGCUAUGUUAAGAGGAGUUGGAUUAGAGAAUUGGGGAAUCCUGUAUAGUGAUAGAGAUUCAAGGUAAGCUGAAGAUUUUAUGUCAUGUUUGAGAGAAAGUAUUGAAUAUUGUAAAUUCUAAUGCAAAGCUCCAAGAACAUUCACUAUACAUUCAAAUAGAAUUGAAGAUUGGAUUAAAUAAAUUGAUUUUAUUGUUUAAUAAUCCCAAGGACCUUAAAAAGUAACCCUUUUAUUAUUAAUUUUGAAUGGUCCAAAAAAAAAUGCUCCUUUAUACACUGAUCUAAAAAGAUAUUUAAUUAAUGAUUGUCCUAUAGCAUCAUAAGUAAUUUUAAGUUCUACAUUAAAUUAACCAAAAGGAAAAGUUAAGACAAUUUGUAAUAAAUUGUUAGUUUAAAUUUGUGCUAAAGUAGGAGGUACUCCAUGGGGAAUUUCAGAUUUACCAUUUACUGAUCAACCAACAAUGAUUUGUGGAAUGGAUGUUUAUCAUUCAACAGCUAAAGGAAGAAAAUCAAUGUUAUCAUUUGUAUCUACUGAAGAUGAAUUCUUUAGUAAAUAUAUGACAUAAUCUAUUGAAAUGGAUAGUGGUGUUGAAUUUUCAUUUAGUUUAUGUCCAGUUUUGGUUAAAUCAUUAGAAUCUUUCACAAGUGAUAAUAAAACACCUCUUCCUUCUAGAAUCAUAAUUUUUAGAGAUGGGGUUUCAAAUUCUUAAGCAAAAACAGUGAUUGAAACAGAGGUUGCUCAAUUUAGAUAGGCAAUUGAAUAAGUUAAAAAGGCAAAGAAUCAAAAUAAACCUAUUAAACUGAUUGUACUUUCUGUUAAUAAAAAAGUAGGAGCCAAAUUUUAUGCGGGAGAAAGGUUCUUUAUUUAUAUUAAUAAUUAGAAACUUGGACAAUCCAUAAUAAGGAACUUUGAUUGAUAAUGAAAUUUGUAAUGGAAAAGAUGGGUUUUAUUUGAUUUCAUAAAAAACAACUUAAGGAACUGUAUAGCCUACUUACUAUCAUAUUUUAGUAAAUGAUUUAAUAGAUGAACCAAAUAUUAUUAAGAAAUUGUAAGCAUUAGCUUAUAAAUUAUGUUAUAUGUAUUACAAUUUUAGUGGGGCAAUAAAAGUAAUAUUUAUUUGAUUCUAGAUUCCUGCCCCAAUCCAAUAUGCUCAUGUUUGUUCUAAUUUUAUUGGAGAUAGAUUUGAUCCUCGUAAGCCAUAGACAUUAAUUAAGCCAAACCAAAUAUUAAAUCAAAGGAGAUCCCUCUUCUUUAUUUGA